AUCCUAAUCAAGAGAUCGGUAUUCAAAAGGGGGUUAGCAUCGCGGCGAAUUAGUCAUUUAUCUCUGUUAAACGUGCUUGCCAAAGUCGCUAGUAACCUGUAAACAAAGUGUAUUACAACUGAAACUUAAGGUCGAUCGCUUUUCAUUCCAGAAAACUAAAUUAAAAUUAAAUUUGUUUUGUUCAAAGGCUCUCAAGAGUUAUUAUCUAUUCAUUGAGUUUACCAUAAUGUUCAAGAGACGAAAGAAUCCGAAAGGUUUGAUGCUAAAUCCUAAUGCAAAACCAAAAGAUGAGCUAGUCGAUAAUCAAAAAACCUUUGAACACAACAUGGAAACAUUUAUGGAGCAGUGUGCCAACGUUAAUCAGCGGCCUGCGUGUAUCUCCGAUUUAAGUAAUCAAAACUUAACGGUAGUACGUCGUCUAGGCGAAGGAAAUGGAGGAGCAGUGGCUCUUGUCAAGUACAAGAAUCUAUAUAUGGCUCGGAAAACGGUAUAUGUGGGCGCCAAUACAAAACUCCAAAAACAGAUUCUGCGUGAAUUGGGAAUUCUGCAUCAUUGUCGAUCCCCAUUUAUCAUUGGAUUCUAUGGAGCUUUUUUGAAUGAAAAUAGCAUUUGCUUAUGUGUUGAGUACAUGGACUGUGGUUCUUUGGACGCAAUUCUUCGUGAAGGAGGACCUAUUCCAUUAGAUAUACUCGGUUGCAUAAUCAAUUCAAUGGUAAAAGGACUUAUUUAUUUAUAUAAUGUGAUGCAUAUUAUUCACAGAGACUUGAAACCUAGUAAUGUCAUCAUUAAUUCAUUAGGUUAUAUCAAGCUAUGCGAUUUUGGUGUCUCAGGCGAACUGGUAAAUUCGAUAGCUCAUACCUUCGUUGGCACAUCCACUUACAUGUCACCGGAAAGAAUUUGCGGCGGUGAUUAUUCAGUGAAAAGUGAUAUAUGGUCCCUUGGAAUCACUAUUAUUGAGCUGGCUACACAAGAACUUCCAUGGUGUUUUUCCGGCGUUAAUGAACCAAUGGGUAUUCUGGACGUUAUGCAUUGCAUCGUCCAAGAAGAUCCUCCUAGACUGCCAGAUUCCUUUCCCGAGGACCUCCGCCUGUUUGUCGAUGCUUGUUUACAUAAGGAUCCCAAUCUUCGAGCUUCUCCCCAAGAAUUAUGUGCAAUGCCUUACUUUCAGUAUACUCUGAUGAAGAAUGUCGACGUUGCCUCGUGGGCAUCUCAAUUUCGUUCACUUUAGCUGAUUGUUAGUUUAUUAACAAGCCUAUCAAAAAUAACCAGGGCUUCAUAUAGCUUUAGAUACAUCGUUAAAUUCUUUUAUUUUUGAUUAGUUAUACAUGUUUAGAAGGUUUUUUAUUUUGUCAUACCCAGAGUUAUCGAUUUGGUUGCUUUUUCUUUUUAAUCUCAAAAUUUUCAAAGCUGAGCCAUAUCUAUACAUAAAUUCAUUACAUUUUCGUUUUAGCUAUAAUAUUUGAACAAUGAAAAUAAUCAUUAGAUAUGUGUGUAUUGAUG